AAAGCUAGUAGAAUUUCAACAUUAUGCCGGAGAAAACGACCCACAAGGUGCCAGCGUGGCUGACUGAGGAGUACGUGGAGAAAAAGUUAAGAGUCUACUUCAAGAAUGACACCCUGAAUCUGAAGAAACUGACGAUCAAGCCGGCGAUAGCGAAUGGAGAGAACUACGCCAGCGUAAUGACUCGCAUCAAUGUGGAGUACACUACGAAGGAUUCAAAGGAUAACCAGUCCGCAACCUUUCUGCUUAAGACGACCUUCGCCGACAAAGACCCGGCGGCCCAUUUGCUCAUUAACUACGGCAUCUACACCAGGGAGAUCGACAUGUACGAGCAGAUACUGCCCCGAUUGGCGGAUAUAGUGAAGAACGAGCUCCACGAUUCUCGGAAGUUGUUUGCAGCUACUGUGGGUGUAGAUCGUGAGCGGGACUCGAUUAUGUUCGAGGACCUUUCGCUGGAGAGAUAUAAGGUUGCGUGCAGGGUGAAGAAACUGGAUCUGGAACACACUUAUCUGGUUCUCGAGAAACUGGCGGAUUUCCAUGCAGCGGGGGCAGCUCUGGCUCAGCGGCAGCCCGGAAUCUUUGAAAAGAACUACGACCGUGGAUUCUUUAACAAACAUAUACGAGGCUACGAGCCAAUCAUGAAAAAUAUCCUUAAAGCCUUGUCGCGCGCCCUCGAGUUGACUCCGGAUCUGAAGGAGCGAUACCAGGCGAAGAUCGACAAGUUAAUUGAUAAUGUAAUGGACUACGGCGAGAGAUCGGUAUCUGUCGCUCCCGGCGAUUUUGUGACUCUGGCCCAUGGAGAUAUUUGGACAACCAAUGUCAUGUUCCAGUACGAUGACGAAGGUCAUCCAGUUAAUGCCAUCUUCAUCGAUUUCCAGUUCAGCGUUUGGAAUUCUCCGGCCAUCGAUCUGCACUACUUUUUCUCAACAUCGAUCCACGAAAAUAUUCGUCUGGAGCGUCAGACCGAGCUGGUCCAGUUCUACUUCAAUAAGCUAGUGGAGGCUCUAGGAAGGGUGAAAUAUUCGGGUAAGGUUCCCAGUUUAUUUGAGUUCCAACAACAGUUUCGGGCCAAAGGUUUUUAUGCUGUGUUUGCGUCGUUGAUUUUUGAGCCCACCAUGGUCUACAAUGGUAAGGAGGAGCCGUCAGUUGAGCUGUUCAUGACCAGCGAUGAGAAGGGAGUGCGAAUAAGGGAUGCACUGUAUCAGACGGAGGAGAACCUAAAGAAGUUGCACCUGACUCUGCCGUUCCUUGAUCAACUGGGCUUACUAGACGAAAUGUAAGAAAAUGCUCCACACAAUAAAUAAAUGCUCCUUAUCAGUUAAA